AUGGCCCAUUUCAAUGCAGACAAUAGUACACCAGGAACUCCGAUCGAGCUCGUCGAUAUUCCAAACUCACACAAUGAGCAAGAUUCGACCCCCAAGACCAAAGAGACAUCGUCAUUUCAACACCAAGACGCUGGAGGUUCCUGGACCUGGGAGUUUGCCUGCGCCUUCUUCAGUGUAGUCUGUAUCAGCUUACUGAUAGGCUUCCUCGUCUACGUAAACGAGAUGACUUAUGCCCGCUGGCAAUAUUCGAUUUCACCAAAUACCGUGAUCUCCAUCCUAGCGGGAUUCGCGAAGACUGCAACCCUCGUACCAAUAUCCACAUGUCUCGGUCAAUUCAAGUGGAAGCGGAAUUGGACGAAGGUCCCAUAUCAGACACCUACUCGGCUUUACAGCUUCCAGAUGCUUGACAACGCCAGUCGAGGUCCCUGGGGGUCUUUGGAGGUACUUUGGCGCAUGCCGUGGUCUUUACCGAUGGCAGGAGCGUUAUUGACGAUUCUAUCGCUAGCGCUUGAUCCGUUCUCCCAGCAAAUCCUUGCCUUUCCUUCACGUCAAGUGAUCGCCCCGAAUGAAACUGCGUUCAUUCAAAGGGCCCAAGAAUAUGUGCCUUGGUGGGUCAAUUCGACAAGCGACCUCAACUCCGACUUUAGGCUGAAUCAACCUGACCCUAUGCUCCAAAUUGCGCUUGCUCAGGGGCUAGCACAAAUUAACAACCCCCUGCUACCUACAUGUUCUACAUCCAACUGCACAUUCCCUGAUUUUACGACACUGGGAUUUUGCUCAAAGUGUGUGGAUGUCACCAAUUCAUCAACUCAAAGCUGUAUAUCGAAAAAGGGUAAAAUAGGUUGCUCAUAUACUAGCCCUAGUGGGCUGCAGGUCUCCCCAGGGAUUCUUGACGCGUCAAUUGUAGGCAAUUGGACUUACGCUACGCGUUACCCCUGGAACUCGGUUACCAGCGUAUGGGACUUCAGAGAAAGUUCCGCUAUACCUCGAGAGCUUGUGACGAUCUUGUCAGCGCAGUAUUCCGGUAAGAUAAAGUACGCUACUACAAGUGUAAACUUCACCGAGACAAAGCCUGUCUUGUUUGAAUGCUCUAUACAUUUUUGUGAGAAGCAGUUCACCAAUGUUGUCUAUCUUCCAUCCAGCGCUCAGGCGCCCAGCCCCUCAAGAAGUCAGCCUCUUAUUCCCGCAGCUGGAUAUCACGCUUGGGAGAUCUUGGACCAACCAUUACUGUUACUACCAUUGGAUGGUGCUCGAACGUUUUCGGGGUCGAACUACUCUAUGGAUGCCAAUACACGGAAUCUGAUAGUUGAGUACCUCCAAGGUGUCUUCAACGCAACCGAUUUCUUUCCCGAAAGUGCGACAACUCAUACAAAUGUGCCCAAAGUUUUCGACUCCAUGGCCACAAGUAUGACUGACAGUAUUCGAACAAGCGGCCAAGCCAGCAAUCUCCAAGGAGCGGCCUAUCACAUUGAAACUUAUAUCCAUGUUCGCUGGCUAUGGAUAAGUUUCCCUAUCAUCCUUGUACUUCUCUCAAUCAUGCUGCUGAUAAUCGCGGCGCUGCUUAAUCGUGAUCAACGCGUGCUAUGGAAGUCAUCCAUCUUUCCACUUUUGCUUGGCCGAUUGGAAGUGGAAAGCAACCAUAUCACACAGCUACGCCGUCUAGACGAGCUACAGUCGGAAGCCAAGAAGAUUAAAGUAAUUGUCUGUGAUCACGACGACACCCUUUCAUUCGUGGAGGUUAAGGGCGAUCGUAAUAUGGAGAAAGAUGAAUCAGUCAAUCACCAUGAGCCGGAAUCUUUGAUCCGGACUUUGAGAUGA